AGCGAAACCCGUGGCAUGACCUGGUGAGCAGAAAUAAGCUGCAAUCAACAGAGGGGCAGAGGUGAAUUGAGUUGAGUAUGGAGAAACAUGAAUUUCGUCAAAUACUUGAACUCUUUCCUAUCGUGAGAUCUCGCAACUAUCGGGCUGACUCGGAAUCAUCAACACAAGCAACCUCCCGCUCCAUCCAGAAUGAGCAGGUAGAUGACUGGCAGGAUGCUUGGGAUUCAGAGUCAAACAAGGAUAUUGAUAUUAAAGGAAUUGAAGAACAUGAUGGAUUUUGGGAGAAGCUAAGGUCGGCUGCUGCAAAAAAGCUUGGUGCAGCAGAGGCUGACCGAUUUUGCAAGGAAUUCCAACAUGUUCAUAAGAAACUUGUUCAUGAAGAAUUGAGUUUGGAUGCUGCUAGGCGAUUUCUUAAUUCAACUAAAGCAUGUGGAAAGUGUUAG